UGUCCUUGAUAGUGUUGGAAAGUCCGAGUCAUUUUACAGCGAGUCGGUUCUUUUGAAUAGUACCUAUCUAUACAUAUCAACGUUUUCAAAUGAGCUGUUCAUACCGAUAUUGAUUCAUCAAAAAGAUUCAACUCAAAGGGCGGUUUGUUCAGGUUAUUGUUUAACCGACUCAUUCUGUAAUAUUGUAGUGUAGCGGGUGAGAAACUUACCUAGAGCUAAAAUGAAGGAUCGUCUGGGCGAAUUAUCAACCCACUGCAAUGACAUCACCAUCCUUGUUGAGUCCGACGCUUUCCUAGAGGGGUUCCUGCCCAAGGUUGAUGAGGCUCAAAAACUUUUAGAAAGACUUUCCUUCCUUGUGGAAGAAGUGAAGCUGAGACAUAGUACAAUUUUGACAGAAAUCAACCCACAGGCCUAUGUGAGAGAUGAACUUGAGCUGUUUGGCAAUGACAUCAAGCAGGUAGCAGAUGCAAUCAGAGUUAAACUAAAAGAUAUGGAAGAACAUUUUUCACAAUAUGGGAAUGCAAACAGCAGCUCGGUGUACUGCCGUAUACACACUACUCAGCACACAGUUCUUUCACUGAGGUUUGCAGAAAUAAUAAGUUUGUACAACCAAGAGCUGUUAUAUUUUCGUGCAAAGAGUAAAGAGCGGAUACAAAGACAGCUGGAGAUCAGUGGCAAUGUAAUGACUGAAGAGGAGACAGAGGAUUUACUACAAAAUAAAAGUCCUGCUGUUUUUACCUCAAAUGUCAGCUCUGGCUCCAGCAUCACAGGGCAAGCGUUGAAUGAGAUUGAGUCACGACACAAGGACAUUCUCUGUCUGGAGGCCAGCAUUCGAGAGCUGCAUAACAUGUUUACGGAUAUCACCAUGCUAGUCAACAGUCAGGGUGAAAUGGCAAACAACAUAGCAAAGACUGUAAUGAAAACUGGGAACUAUGUAGAUCAAGGGAAAGAGAACAUCAAACAUGCUAUUGAAUAUAAGAAAUCCUGGCGGAUUAGACUACCUCCCUUGCCUUCAUUCAUGCGCAAAGCAAAGCCAGUAACCAAAGAGGGGCUCUUGAAUGAAUCUUGAAUAUUAAACAUAUUCUACUUUAAGGUGUUUUUUUUUUUUUUGCGGUCUGUGAAAUUGAUGGAUUUGUGAAUAUGCCGGUUGACACUGAUCUGUCUAUUGGGUUUUCUCAAUCCAUUUACAAACAUACACUUCUCAUUUGUGUCUGCUUCCAUGUUUAAUGGUUAAGCUUGCUCUCAGAUAGGCAGCACGGCAGCAUUUUCUGUUGUAACAUGACAAAUCAGGUAUCUUGUGAGUAUCAGUGAAUGUUUAUAUGCACUAAUUUUCAUUAUUUAAAACGAAGCCAGCAAGCAUUUUUUGACAGACAUGUCAAGCAGCUAAAGCCCAACUUUAUUUUUAUUUUUUUUAAAUAAUCAAAAAGGAUUGUAGCUUGCCAGACUGCACAAGCAUAAUGUCACACUUUACGAUUUCCGAUGUCAUUUCAGACUAAACGACAAUCAAGCCGCGCCAACACAGAUAUGCAAGAAAACUCACGUGGGGUUUGACUUUGUCCAUCCAUGACACAUUUGUUUGUACAAUUUUUUUAAUACCUCAAAGCAAAUGUAAAUAAUCUGUAGUGUUAUUUUGUGCACAACAUGCUUUACUAAUAAACUCAGAAAAAAAAAACUGUUUUGAUAUUUCCCCACGGUGGUUUGAAGUUGUCUCGCUGAUUGCAUCAUUAGUAGAUUCUCCUCUUGGUUCUUGGUUUGACGUUCAUCGUAGCUGAAGUUGCACUGCAGAAAAUUGCCUCAAGUCAGAGGGCAAAUUUGAUCACAACAGUCAUUAAGACAAAUCAUACUACAAAAUCAUGGCUGAAAUUGUAGUGUAAACAGGGUUUAACAUUAAGACCAAGGUUUAACAUUAAGACCAAGACAUCUAACAAUUGUAGAAAAAUAGACUUACAUUAAUGACUACACAUUUGUCUGACAACUUGUCUAUUUUCAGACUAUUAUUAGAUGUCUAUUAGAAUUCAUUUUAAAAUGUUAAAAAUUACAGACUUGUCUGACUGACCUAGAGAACUGCACUCACAGAACUUGAUGAAUCCAGGACAAGAUUUCAUAAGUAAGAUAAUACUUAUAAUGAGAAGUAGCUGGUGGGGGAGUUACCUUGCUUAAAAUAAUCAAUGAAACUCCUGUGAAAUGGAUAUGUAAAGAUAAUAGAAUAUAAAAUAAACUGGUAUUUAUCUAGCUCAAAGAACCAACAAGGAAACAACCCAUUAGAAUGAAUGCACUGAGACCUUGUUAAGCACUUUAUAUUUGACAAAUGGCUGACUAAA